GCAGCAUGCCAGAGAGCUCCUGGUGAACUCAAUUCAUCCUGGGCUUAUAGACACGCAUGGAGGCAGCACUAAAUCCACAGGCAGGGAGGGGGUUCCCUCAGUCCUCGCACAUCCAGUUAGGGCACAGGCUGGUGGCUGGGGAGGAAGGCAUGAGAAGCACUUUCCAAAGGGACUUCCGCCCCUUCGGCGUACUUCCUAAGAGCAGCCCCAUCCCACUGCCCAAGCCUGCCGAGGUGGAACACAAGGACGUACACAGGAUCAGGGAGUACCAGAUGGAGACCAGCAGAUCCUUCACCUACAGGCCCCGGGAGCCCUUAAGCCAGGUCCCGGCAUGGUCCAGACUGUCCACCAACUUCAAGAUGCACUCCGACCAGAAGCAUGUUACCUUCUGCACCACCCAGUCUGAAGGCUACCAGCGUCACCCGCCCACCCCGGUCCCUAACACCGCUGAGCUGGCCACUUCCUUCAGGAACAGCCAUGUGCUUUCUGGGGAGACGUUACCUCUGCCUCUUUCUAAUCAACAGUUGUCUUUCACCGGCCACAAAGGGACAACUCAACCACCAGCGAGGCCACCAGUUAGGCACUUAGGUGGAGACCCCACAAUUUUUGAGGAUAGAGAUCAAGGACAAUCUUACACCACCCACUACCAAGAUGUGUUUAAGGGUAGCUGGAGUUCACCCCCACAGCAAAUUGAAAAGAAAUGUUCGUCUUCAGUCGCAAUGGGAGAUCCUGAGAAAAUCCAUGAAACGCUAACCACCCACGCCUCCUCCUUCUAUCAGAAAGACACUCUGAGGUAUGAUGUCCGUAAGGAAAUUAAAAAGAAACCUCUGAAAAUCAAUUUUGGAGACUAUCCGGGGCACAAUCAAGCAACCACAGCCUCUGAUUCAUAUCGUCCACUAAAAUCAGAUCCAGUUGUCCGCCCUCACAGGAAUGAGAACACCAGCUCUCUCCCAGAGGGGGACACUGACGCUCAGCGGAACCGUGAGAGGAUGUCAGCCACUUCACACCGGCUACACUUCAGCCAGCUCAGGGCCAGGGAGCCGGUGGUGCAUGUGGACGGCACCUGGGAGAGAACAAGGAGCAGCCUGGAGAUUGGGAAGCCCAGCAUGGGGAGCCUGUUCUACAGCACCACCUCCCAGGCAGACUACCGGCCACAGCGGGCCCUACGGGUCCGGCCAGCCUCUCAGCCCUCCGGCAGCCUGAGACCAUGUGGAUACGAUCGUGGAACUGGUAUGACAACAAUGCAGAGAGAUUAUCAACCUCAUAAAUCCAGCAGAUUUAUGCUAAAUCCAUCUCAUCUCCACCAGUGCGUCUGCCCUGUGAUGGACUGGCAUCCUGUCCAGAGUGUAUCCAGCUUGUUGAUUGCUGGGACAGACUCCACCUGCCCAGAAAAACCAAAUGGGACUGAAGUGGUUAGAAAGUGGAUGCGGGGGACUACGAGGAGUAGGCACGACUGCUGAACAAUGUACAGUAACAGCAGCCCGGUCUCCAAAUGCGGAACAGCCGCCUUGCUGUGCGGUGUGCUGAUUGGCGGAGAGGCCGAGCC